CAGCACAGACUAAAAGCAACUUGUAGCCGAACGUCGUCGCCCUGGUGCACUCCCUCCCCGCAGCAGCUUUACUUGUGUGCAGCAGAGACAGCUGGGCCCUGUCGUGCUUCACAACUAGGUGCUCCGAAGACACUAGGCAGCAACAAGCAGUAGCCAAGCAGACCAUGAACAAAUGCGUGCUCCUACUUUGGCCCUUCUAACCUUCCAACAAAGUACAAGAAGUCCUACCAACCAACAGUCAAACCCCUGACCUGGGCGAGGACAACAGAAGGAAGAGCAGGACAAGGCUACGGUGUCAAGAAGCUGCAAAAACAAAAGAAAGUAGCGCAAAGCAAGUCAGGAAAAAAGGCUAAGUAAUAGGAAGGGAUGAAAAGAAACACAAGAGAAUGUAAUGAGAAGGGUGCAAUAAGAGAACAUGAUGAUGAAAUAACUGGGAAAUGGAAAAAAAACUGUGAGCGCAGAAAAGUUUGAAAUGAUGAUAAUGAUGCGGACACAGAGCUAGAGAAAAUGAGAAACUGCUUGUGAAGUAGCACUGAGUAAAACUGAAAGACUUUUAAGACAGCCUGGAGUUAGUACCUGAGAAGGAGCGAGCUACAGGAGGCCAGUAAAGCUAGUCGAGAGGCUGCUGGUGCCAGUGGAGAGGCUGACCUGGCGUCAUUAGUGCAGCUCCCCAGGAGGGACAGAGACAGGGAGCUGGCGGCCGCCGCUGGGACUGAGGCUAGAGGUGGCUGCGGGGCUGAGCUGCUGAGCUGCUGCUAUUGCGGUGCUGGUGGCGACGAACGAGGAGGAGUUGGUGCUGGUGCUGGGCAGACAGAUAGUUAGUGAAGCAGCUAAUUGCCGAGUCCAUCCCUCAUUUCCAUAUCCAGUCUGUGUCCGCUGGAGCCGAGCCAAUCCCCUCUCACCCCCCCACCAUUAAUCGCAAUGCAUUAUUCACAAUCAUAAUUAUAUACCGACAUGCGCAAUCCGCGCCACACCGACACCAGCUAAUUUCCGUAAUUUUGCAACUCGACUAUUUGUGAACAAUUUUUUUUUUAUUUGCUGCUGAUGUAUCUGCAAAAAAAGCAGAAACAACCCGCAGUUACCAGCAGCAUGUCGCGCCGCAAGCAAGCCAAACCCCAGCAUCUGAAAUCUGGCGAAGAGCUCUCAGAGGUAGUAGUUUCCCAAAAUGCAGCCCCAGGGGAAGGAGCAGAUGACGGAGACAGUGGGAAUGAAAGCAGAAGUGGAAGUGAAGAGACACAUGUCUGUGAAAAAUGCUGUGCAGAAUUCUUUAAGUGGCCCGACCUCCUAGAGCAUAAGAAGAACUGCACCAAAAAUCCAUUAGUUUUGAUUGUGAAUGAUGAUGAAGAAGCUCCACCCUCAGAAGAGUUUCCAGAACCUUCCCCUGCUAGCUGUCCCAGUGAACAUACAGAAAGUGAAACUAUUGAUGAAAGUGUGCUGAUAGAAAACAACGAGAGUUCUGAGGUGAAGAAUGCAGACAGAGAGGAAGACGAAGAGCAGCAUGAGCAAGAAGAAGAACUAGAAGAAGAGGAGGAGCCUAUGGAAGUGGAAGCCUCUGCUGACAAAGGUUACCACAGUCAGGUUACCUCAAACACACCUACUUCUCUACCUCAGAUUCCGGAACCAUCUUCCAUGACCAACUAUACCAUGCCAAACACUAAUGUUACUUUAGAGACUUUGCAAAGCACUAAAGUGGCAGUUGCACAGUUUUCACAGAACGUGAGGUCUGCGACUACAAACUCUAACAGUGGGAUGACAGCUGUGGCCAUACCAAUGAUAAUGGAGCAGUUAAUGGCACUGCAGCAGCAGCAGAUUCACCAGCUCCAGCUAAUUGAACAAAUCCGUAACCAGGUUGCAAUGAUGAAUCGCCAGACACUACACCCAGCUUUAAACUCAGCACCACCUUCUCACAAUCCAGUGGCACCAGCUGCUAGUCAGCAGCCUGUAUUUCCUCCUCUUCAGUUACCACCUGUGGUUCCACCAGCAGGGCCAGGGCCAACUAGCAGCAAUCAACCAUCCACAUUUGAGAGUUCACAACAUGUUGCACAACCAACAUCAGGAGCAAGCACCCCGAACUUACCCACCAACAUAACUACCCAAACAGAGUCAAGUCUACCACCAUCCUCAAACACAGUUCCAUCUUCAAUCACACCUGUUUCUCUUUCAACUUCAAGUAAUGGUUCUUCUCAGCCUCAAAAUGCUUCAACCCCACCCAUACUUGGACACAGUAACCUUCUCAGUUCAGCAUCCACCUUGCAAAACCCACUUCUACCUCAGACAUCGUCAAACAGUGUGAUCUUCCCAAACCCAUUGGUCAGCAUUGCAGCAACUGCAAAUGCAUUAGAUCCUUUAACUGCACUUAUGAAGCACCGUAAAGGAAAACCACCUAAUGUGUCAGUAUUUGAGCCUAAAUCAAGUUCUGAAGAUCCAUUUUUUAAGCAUAAGUGUAGAUUUUGCGCCAAGGUCUUUGGAAGUGAUAGUGCUUUGCAGAUCCAUUUACGUUCUCAUACUGGAGAAAGGCCAUUUAAAUGCAAUAUUUGUGGGAAUCGCUUCUCUACAAAAGGUAACUUAAAGGUUCAUUUUCAGAGGCAUAAAGAGAAAUAUCCACAUAUUCAGAUGAAUCCUUAUCCUGUACCAGAAUACCUUGAUAAUGUUCCGACUAGUUCUGGGAUUCCAUAUGGAAUGUCCUUGCCUCCUGAGAAGCCAGUGACAACGUGGCUGGACAGCAAACCAGUGUUACCAACUAUACCAGCACCGAUUGGACUGCAGUUACCUCCAACAAUAACAGGUGUUGGCAGUUUUGGAGACUCUCCGUGUAUUACCCCCAUGAGUAGGUCACCACAGAGGCUUUCUCCUGCUUCUAGUGAAUGCCCCUCUUUAUCCCCAAAUUUUAAUAACUCUGACUCUAAUAUUCCAGUAACAUCUGAAUCUCCACAGCCCAUUCUGAGCAGUAACUGCCUUUCUAAACCUGAAACUUUAAAUCUGCCCCCCAUAAGUACAAGUUUGCCCCCAGUAAGUACAAGAAUAAGUGAAAAUUCUACAAAUGGACAGAUGAUUUCAACAACAUCCAGCUUAUUAACACCUUGUAUUGGAGAAAAUACUUCAACAGCCCUCACAAACUCUGUGCUUCCAGAUAUACCCGAACAAUAUAAAGCAAAAUUCCCUUUUGGUGGGUUGCUGGACUCUAUGCAAACAUCAGAGACCUCAAAAUUACAGCAACUAGUAGAGAACAUUGAUAAAAAAAUGACAGAUCCAAACCAGUGUGUCAUUUGUCACCGUGUCCUAAGUUGUCAGAGUGCUCUAAAGAUGCAUUACCGAACACACACAGGGGAAAGGCCUUUUAAAUGCAAAAUCUGUGGUCGUGCUUUUACAACAAAAGGCAAUCUUAAAACACAUUUUGGAGUUCAUCGAGCAAAACCACCACUCCGAGUUCAGCAUUCUUGUCCAAUAUGUCAGAAAAAAUUUACAAAUGCUGUUGUUCUUCAACAGCAUAUCCGUAUGCACAUGGGUGGUCAAAUACCAAACACACCAUUACCAGAGGGCUUCCAGGAUGCCAUGGACUCAGAGCAUUCUUAUGAUGAUAAAAAUGUUGAGACAAUGAGCAAUUGUGAUGAUGAUGAUGAUGAUGAUGAUGAUGAUGAAGAUGAAGAUGAUAAUAUGGAUGAACAGUCACUCGAAGAGGAACCAGAAUUAAAGGAUAAUGCAGAUGAGUCCUUGAAGCCUUUGAUGCCCUUUUCAGUUUCAUCUCCUAAGUCAUCACCUUCAGUAAUCUCUAGCAUUGCUGCCCUAGAAAAUCAGAUGAAAAUGAUCGAUGCUGCCAUCUGCUCUCAACAACCCCCUAGCCUAAAAUCCAUAGAAAAUGGCUCUGGAGAAAGUGACCACUUGACUAAUGAUUCUUCUUCAGCCAAUGGGGAUCUUGAAAGUCAGAGCGCUGGCAGCCCUGCAGUCUCAGAAUCAUCUACAUCUAUGCUGGCUUUGUCCCCUGUAAACAGCAAUAGUGAAAGUCAAAGAUCAAAAUCACCAUGUGUUUCCAAUCAGGACGAACUGCAACAAGGACCGCUGAAGUCUGAAAAGCCUGACACUCCACCACCUGCUCCUGAAAAUGGAGGCGCGCUAGAUCUGACGUCUACCAACCCCGGCAGACCAGUCAUCAAAGAAGAGGCACCCUUUAGCAUGCUGUUCCUGAACAGAGAACGUGGUAAGUUUAAAAGUACUGUUUGUAAUAUCUGUGGCAAACCUUUUGCUUGUAAGAGUGCAUUGGAAAUUCACUACCGCAGCCAUACUAAAGAACGUCCAUUUGUUUGCACAAUCUGCAAUCGUGGGUGUUCCACUAUGGGUAAUUUAAAACAGCACUUUCUGACGCACAAAUUAAAAGAGCUUCCUUCUCAGUUAUUUGAACCCAACUUUACUCUAGGUUCCAGCCAAAGUACUCCUAGCCUGGUCACCAGCACGUCGCCCGCCAUGAUCAAACUAGAAGUGAAUGGCCACAGCAAGCCGAUCUCCAUCAGCGAGGGUCACCAGCUUCCAGUUGGUCUUCCGGUUCCUGCAGCACCACAGACAGCGAUGAGUCCAGGCAUCUCUCCUAUGCUGGCACCACCUCCACGGCGGACGCCCAAGCAGCACAACUGCCAUUCUUGUGGGAAGACAUUCUCCUCAGCAAGUGCACUACAGAUUCAUGAGCGAACCCAUACUGGUGAAAAGCCAUUUGGUUGCACAAUCUGUGGUAGAGCUUUUACCACAAAAGGGAAUCUUAAGGUUCAUAUGGGAACCCAUAUGUGGAAUAACGCCCCUGCUAGACGUGGUCGCCGACUGUCAGUGGAGAACCCUAUGGCUUUAUUAGGUGGUGAUGCGAUGAAGUUUUCAGAGAUGUUCCAAAAAGACUUGGCAGCUCGAGCAAUGAACGUUGACCCCGGUUUUUGGAACCAGUAUGCUGCUGCUAUCACUAAUGGUCUUGCCAUGAAAAACAAUGAAAUUUCCGUUAUACAGAACGGAGGUAUUCCCCAGCUACCAGUGAGUCUUGGUGGCAGUGGUAUUCCACCUCUAGGCAGUAUAACUAACAGUAUGGACAGAUCACAUACAGCUAACAGUCCACCUGUUAUCAGUUUGGACAAAUCAAGUACAGAGUCAGUUGUGAAUCGACCCUUUAGUAGGUUUAUUGAGGACAGCAAAGAGAUAGGUAUUAACUAAACUGGAAGUACAUUUAAAAAAAAACAGCGUUUGGAUCCCAUUGAAGUACAAGCUAUGUACUAUAUCAUGUACAGUUUUGAGAUACAGAUUCAAUGUUUUUCCAGAAGCAUCUAGCUGUCCUUUCUUUGUUAUUUCAUAUACGUCAAGAAUACCAUUUUCUUGAUUGCUAGCAGACUCUCUCACAUUUGCAUGAAAAUUUCUUUCAACAGUGAAUUUGACUGUUUAUCGGUAUAUUACAAAAACAGCAUUUCAAGUGUACAAGACGGAAAAAAAUGAUGCUAGUCAUGGAAAGGACUGGUUAUCGGUAUUAGAACAAGGAAAUAAACUACAAUUGGUUUUGCAUCCUUGCAGACUCACUGUUGGUUGAAGAUGAAAGGGGCCUGGACUGUAAUGUCUUUAUUAUACAAUCUAUUGGCCGGACUAGUUCAUGUCACAUAGAAACUUGAACAUUCGUUUUAAAUCUAGUAAUAUUAAAAAUUAAUUUUUUUUUCCCUAUUACUGUGUAAUACUGUAGUGUCCCUGUCUAUGAUAUUUAUAAUGUUAAGACUUAUGCGGGUAAUUAACCACAUAUGACCCCCAUUCCUUGUAAGAUGCUUUUGUACCGCAAAACAAAUACAAGGCAGUGUAAUUCCCCAUCAUUUCUUUGUUUUUGUUUUUGCUACAGUCAUAAGAGGUUUCAUUAAAAAAAAACAAAUUGUGAUGCUCUUUGGGUACAGAAAGCAUGCUUUUCAUUUACAGUGUCAGUAACAAAAUGAGUUGUGUUUGAAGCUGCUAUGUGGACAGUUAUUAUAAAUAAAAUGGAAUGUUUGACUGUAGCUUAAACAACUAGAAAACAAGUUGCAGGCAAAUAUGAUUUCUAGAUUUUCCACAAAAACAUUAUAAAUAGUUGUGAUUUAUACUGAAUAUUAUCAAGGCUGUAUAAUGAAAGUCAUGUUUGUAUAAUGUGGUUGCAAACUGUUUGUUUCUACUAUUGCACUUUUAAAGAAAUUUUUUAUUAGGGGAGCUUUGUCUAUAAUUUGACAAGAAACAAAGGUGUAAACUAUUUUAUAAAUAGUUCUUUUACUUCGAGAAUUAAAAAAAAAAAACAUGCUGUUUAUAGUUUUAACAAGGUCAGGUUUAAAAAGACUCUAAAUUGUUUGUCAGACACAAAAGAUCCAUGAAGCUAUCUGAAGAGUAACAAACCAUGCAUGCUCCAUUUAAUAUGAUAAGGCCUGUCAAUUCCAGGGUUGAAAAAUAAAAGACCAUUUAACAUUUGUGUAACUUCUGCCCAUGACUGCCGCCCAACAUUUCUGUUAAAAUAAAUCCUAAGAUUUUGAUGCUUGUAACAAAACAAGGGAAUGCAAAACUAUACAGGUUUAACAUUUUUGAAGUCUGUCUGACUAAAAGACAAAAGGGAUGUUGUCUGCCUAAGUGUAUCAGUAGUCUGCACAGGGUGGUAAAAAAGUAAUACUUCCUGUAGUGCUGUUUUGUUCAGAUUUCAAAGGUCAGCAGAAAUACUUCUUGUUUUAUUUGUCUUCUUCUAUGAUAACUGUAAAGCACAAUGUCUUCUGGUAACUCUGUCACAACAUGCAUUCUGACUCAUUCGUUUAUAAAAUGCGUCACACGAUUAAUGUAAGUAUCCACUGCAAUCUAGGAUACCAAGGGAGGCUAGGGUCCAAUCAAAACUUGAACAGAAACUGUUGCUGUACUACCUCAUUUUUGCAUUGAAAGCAUGGUUGACUCUGACGUUGUGAACAUCAUCUAAGCAAUUUAUUCAAGAUAUAUGAACGAUAUCUCAGUACCACAGUAUGAAGAGGUGCAUGUUCUGCAACAUGAAGAGAGCAGUCCUAUCUUCUUGGCCAGGACUGGGAAACCUCUUCUGGCCAGAUACUCUGUUACAACAAAACUAUCAGUACUGUACGCUGAUGGACUGCAUUCACCGAGGUGUGAUCUAAGAACAAUUUUUGAAGUCUUUAAUUUUGUUUAUUUCUAAUAGAAGUAAACAUCAGGCUUGUAUGAGUCUAUUUUCUACAGUCAUACUUAACAUGACAUCCCUAAGUGCUGCCAGCUUUAGGCACCUGGGUGGGUCUGGGGGCACUGAAUGCUGGGUGGGUCUGGGGGCACUGAAUGAAGGGUGGCUUAUUAUUGCUGUAUUUCAGCAGUUGAAUGUUUUAAUUUAUCUGUGUCAUUUUUGAUGUGAAUAUCUUUUUUUGUUUUUGUUUUGUUUUGUUAGUAUUUGGUACCAUGUAGUGUUAUUUCUUCUCCCUAAAGAUAUCUAUAAGUUAAAGAAAUGUAAAGUGGUUGUAAAUAAGAUGGUUCCUGAAAGUACAGUAAGACUGAACCCAUUUUGUGUUCGGGGAUUGGUCAUUCCUCUCUGCAUGGUGAAGAGAGACAUUAUUUUUAUAUUGUGAUACCAUGUAGGGUUAGGAGCCGCCCUGAACCAUCUGGGAAUUGUUACCUAGAUCCAGUAUUUUUUAUUAAACCUUGUUGGCUUGACACAUCUACUGAUUGAAAUGGAUGUCUUAGUCUAGGUUACUAUUUUUGUCAUAAGGAAUUGAAUAAAAUGCAGGAUGUAACAUCA